UCAGAUCAAGGCAGAAGAAGAUGCUUGGCUGGAAAUAUCUGACUGUGAUUGGAUACGUUAUUCCUCUGCUUGUGGUGGGUGUGUCUGUUGCAGCAGUGCCUAAUGGAUACAGCAGUGAAGAAUGCUGGCUUAAGAAUGACAGGGGCUUUUAUUGGAGCUUCUUAGGCACUGUGUGUUUCAUACUUGCAGCAAAUGUGAUUCUCUUCAUCGCCAUCUUCAUCACUGUCAUUUUCACUCUGAAAAGCCUAAACAAUGAGAUCCUGCAGAGGAAACAAACUCAGGAUGAUAAGAAACUCAUCAGAACUGUGCUGUUUAAAACCAUGGCCCAGUUUUUCAUCCUCGGUUGCCCCUGGAUACUGGGUUUGUCCAUCAGUAGCAGUAUCGUACUGGAGAUCAUCUUUGUGAUUCUCAUCUCCCAGCAGGGCACCGUAAUCUUCCUGGUCCACUGUGUCCUCAACAAAGAGGUCAGGCAGCAGUACAGGCAGUGGUUACACACUUGCUGCCCAUGCAAAAAGGCCACCAACUUUAAAGAUGACCAAAUGACAGAAGCAACAUAUCCAUCUACUAAUGCCCACUCAGCUUGAUGACAACAUCGAAUAAUUACAUGAAAUAAAGGGUAAAAUUACACUCCAUUUAAAGUAAUGUUACUUUCACUGUUUUGUAUUCUGGCAAUAUUUUAUCUGGAAAAAGCUGGGAAAGAAACUGUGGUGUUAUAACAGUGAACUCUAUAUGUUAUAUACCGUUACUUUAAUUCCUUAAUAAUUAAAAUAGUUUUUAAUUUAAAAACAUCAUCGUGUUCUUUAUGCUAUUGUAAUGCUGAUGAAUGUGAAUCUGCUAUUAAAUUUCUUUUAGACCAGAACCUUCUAUCACCAAAUUGGUAACACAAUUUUAUUCCAAGUAGUUAUGGUCUAUUUAAAUUGAUCCAUUAAUCGUGAAUUUUUAACACAAACCAAGAUAAAAGCGAAAAUAAGUAAAACAAAAAUAAAUUUCAAAAAUGAAGAUGCAAGGUUUUAACAGUGCAGUUUUUUCAUCAAAAUAAGUUAAUUGCUUGCAUAGAUUUCACAUUUAAUACACAAUUACUGUUUAUUUACUGAAUUUAACAUACUUAGAAAAAUGUCACAUAACAUCUGGUCUAUGGAAUCAUUUUCUUUUUAUAUUUUAUGCUUUCAAUGUUUAACAGUGCAUUAAUAUGAUAGCUGAUGCACUGAUGAUAAUCUUAGAUUAUUGCUUCCAAAUGCAAUGAUUUAUACAGUGCCAUAGGGGAGGGGAGCAUAAUAUAAUAAGUAUUUUCAAAUUGUUUUAUAUUAAUAUUUGUCAUUGACUUUACACUCAAUCUUUAUCCUGGAAAUCUACCAGCCCAUAGAGUUCAGAUCCAACAGAUCUGGCUCUGAUUAUCAUUGGAGUGAAAUUAGAGGUGUGGUAGAUCUUCAGGACCAGGACUGGGUAUAUUGUGAUAAGAUUAUGUUGCAUUAUGUGUUAUUAUUAAAC